AUGAAACGGGUAUCGAAGGAGAAAAUUCGACAAUUGAUUGACGCUGCCAGCAAUUCAAAACACAUCGAAAGCCUCAGCCUGUCAAACACUGCUAUUGCCGAUACGGAGGCUCGGUGCAUAGAGAAGAUGCUCGAAAACUCGCCGUCACUCAAAGUGCUCAACGUCGAAUCGAAUUUCAUUACCCCGGAAAUGCUGGCUAGGCUUCUGAAAGCGACGCUGAAGACGCAAUCCGUCAUCGAAUUCCACGCCGAGAAUCAGAGACAAGGCGUAUUGGGCAUCCAAAUUGAAAUGGACAUGAUGAUGACGAUCGAAGAGAACGAGAGCCUGCUCCGAGUCGGUGUUGCAUUCCAGUCAAUGGAAGCCAGGCAUCGUGUCUCAGAAGCACUCGAGAGGAAUUAUGAACGAUUGCGUGUCCGACGGCGAGAGAACAACGAUCCUACAGCAACGUCGAAG